GCAUAGCUUAUUAGUAACAUCACAAUCACCGUCAAAUCGACCUUUUGAAAUACAAAUUUCGAUAAAAUUCAAGGGAAAAAUAUUUAUCACUAAAAAAACCACUGCCACUUUUCACAGGUCACCCUUCUUCCACCACAUCAUCACAUUCACACGCGAGUUGAACACAACGCCAAGUUGAGCAGCGCAACCACACACACACACCGUCUCGCACGGCCGGCUGAGGCGCGUCGAGGGGCAAGGCAAACCCAUGCCGCCGCCGGAGGAGGAGAGGCCGCCGCUGCCGCGGCCGAAGCCGAAGCCAAAGCCGCCCAAGCCCGAGCCCAAGACGGGGCCGGAGCCGAAUCCGAAGCCGAAGCCGCCGAGGCCGUUGCCGCAGCGGGAAGGGACCCCCGGCGGCGUUCCGGUCCUGCCGGUGCCGGACCCCUUCGCCUGCGCCAACAACUGCUCCGACUCAUGCGCCUUCUACCGCCUCUGCCCGCCGCCGCCGCCGCCGCCGUCCCCCGCCGCCACCGUGCACAUCAGUUCGGGCCGGCUGCCGACGCCGCUCAUCGCGCUGUCGGCGUCCCUGCUCGCCGUCUCCGCCGUGCUCCUCCUCGCGCUGCUCGUCCACCGCCUGGUGCGGCGGCGGCGGCGGAGGCUGGCGCGGAACGCGGCGCUGGCGGCCCAGCACGAUGCGGAGGGGGGCCAUGUGCUGGCCGGUGCCGUGGCGGAGGGGUUGGGCGGCGACGAGGAGGAGGAGGAGGCCGACGGCGGUGGCGUGCACCACGUGUGGUACAUACGGACCAAGGGGCUCGACGAGCGCGCCAUCGCGGCGAUCGCCGCGGUGGUGUACGAUGCCGGCAAGAAGCGCGGCGCCGGCGCGGUGGACGACGGCGGCGACGGCAGCUGCGCGGUGUGCCUCGCCGAGUUCCGGGACGGCGAGACGCUGCGCCUGCUGCCGCGGUGCGGCCACGCGUUCCACCGCGGGUGCAUCGACACCUGGCUCCGCGCCCACGUCAACUGCCCGCUCUGCCGCGCGCCCGUCCAGGUCGCCGCGGCCGCCGCCAGUUCCAACACCGUGCCUGGCGCGGCCACGGCGACGCCAGGGGGCGAGCGUCAGCCGGAGAGGAAUCUUCGCGCCGACGGCGGCGUCGGUCAGACCGAGGAAACAGAGCGCGGCGGCGUGCCGGAGCGCGCCGCCGUCCGGCGGGCCGCGUCCAUGGUGGCGCUACCGCGGCGGGCGUGGCCGGACGUCUCGUUCCGGGCGCCAGCGUCGAGCAGCGGGCGGGAGGGGGACAUGACGGGGCUCGGCAAGAUCAUGAGGCUUCUGAAGUUCUCGGACUCCAUGGAGAUGACCGGCAUCGGGGCAGGGCGGUCAGUUUCUUUCAGCGCCGGGAGCUGCCAGCACCCUCCGGCAAGGUCCGGGCCAUCGGCCGCCGGCGUCAGCUCCGACGAGAUGCCACGGUGAGCCGGUUGACGCCGGCGGCGGCGGCGAUGAAGUGACCGUAUAAAAGUGGCAACUUUGAAGCUUGGAGGGGUGAGGUUGGUGUUUGGUGUGGUACCACAAGGGAAGCUGCCGGAGGAAUCAGGAGUUCAGGAUCAUACUCUUUCAAUUCACAGGCGCGAAUAUCGCUCUUUUCCGACACCAUUGCCUCAAAUUUCUAAAGAUUCAGGUACAGGCACCAUAUAGCAAUAUAAAUUGUACAACAUGAAAGCAACUUUUGGUACAUGCCAUCCAUGGAAUUGGUUCUGUUCCAAAUUGCAAUCCAGCUGAAUUGGAUUCUGUUGCAACCAUACUCACCAAAAGUUCACCAAAGCAUUGUACCUGAAGAGCCUUGCUGGAUUUGCCUGCCCAGCUCAGGAUUGUGAAGAAAGCUCCAGCUGACAGGCCACCUUACCUACUGACGGGCCAUGUCUCUGUCAGGGCACUAACACCGCGUUAAAAAUGAUGCUCCAGUUUGCAACGCUAAUGGUGUGAGGUUAAAGUAGGCAGGGUAGACAGAGCCCAGUCACCUCAGAGGGCAGGGUGCAUCAAUUAUUUGGACCGGACGGUUGUUGCAGGUCGUUGUUGGUCAUCAAGUGAGAUGUGGAAGUUGCAGUGUGCAAACUGUUGGCUGUGGAUGAAGCUUCUGUGAGAUGGAGUGACCAAUUAGCUUCAAGUUUUGAAGUGCCUUUUCUUUUUUUAUAAAAGCAAAAAUUAGGUGUACCUCUCACAAUUCAUGUAGGUUUAGGAUAAGGUCAUGCGCAGUGCACAUGUUGACCCAUUUGGGAUGUCUCUUUUUCAAGCUAGCUGUUUUGUGUGACUGCAGCAUGUGCGUUCACCCAUAAGUUUUAUCUGUCUGUAGACUGCACGCCACUGCUGGGAUACGUGUAUAGUACCUAGCAGGGACAGUUAAGAAAGUUGACAACAUUGACUAUAAUA